CUAUAUAAAUGUAGUUAUUAGUAAAUCAAUUGUACGGCGAUUGAAAGAUGGAAGAAAUGGAGCGGCCGAUAUUUGGGUCAGGUUCUUAUUACACCAUUCUCGGUGUCGGGUCGGAUUCUUCACCGGAAGAGAUUCGGAGCGCUUAUCGGCGGCUGGCAAUGCGAUGGCAUCCGGAUCGGUGGGCGAGAAGAAGGGCAGCCCCUACUUUGUUGAGUGAAGCAACGGCCAAAUUCCAGCAGAUUCAACAAGCUUAUUCAGUUUUGUCGGACAAGAGGAAGAGAGCAAUGUAUGAUGCUGGGUUCUAUGAUGUUGACGAUGAUGACGACCAUGAUCAGGCAUUCAAUGAUUUUAUGCAAGAAAUGGUGUCACUUAUGGCCAAAGUAAGGAGUGAGGAUUGCAAGUCUAACAGCAUGGAGGAGCUACAAUCAAUGCUCAUGGAAAUGGCCCAAGGAUUUUGAUUAUCUUCCGUUUUCUUUUUGUUAUGGGCCCAUAUUUUAAUAUAGCCCAUUGAGAAAAAGCCCAAUUUUGAAAAAUGAUUUUACUUCGGGGCCCAGUUGGAGCCCAUUACUUUCAUGAAGCCUCAUACGGCCCACCUUUAAAAUGCUUGUAAGUAUGCAUGGUUGAAAAUAAUGAAAUUUGUUCAUUCACUUUUUAUUUUCCCCUAA